AUGCUAAAAUGGAGAAAAGAAGAAAAUACACGCUAUCAAGAUAAUGUUGAAAAUGAGACAAGAACUCAAUCUACGAAUGAUGAAACUGAUAAAUAUACGACCAUUCAAGACGCACAAGUUCGUGCUAAGAGCAAUGUUUAUCGAGAUACUAUACAUGAUAUUAAUACAAAGCCAUUACCAAGAACACCUCACAGACACUCAGCUUCAAAUGGACGCAUUCCAAAUGCCCAAAACGAUUCCUUAUAUAACGAUGGAGCUUUUGAAAUAGACAUAAAUGCACAAGAAGAAUACCAAGACCCUUUUCCUGAAUCAAAGUGGCCUAAAAAUUGUCACAUUAACUUAUUGAAACGCGCAAAAUCAGUAACAAGCAAAGAGGAAACUAGCGGUAUUCCUUCUUAUGUUACUAUUAUUGGUGAAGGGGAGAGUAGCGAUUUCAAAGUUGUACACAAGUGUUCAUCUUGCCAGAAAAAGAGUUUAUUUAAAAUCAAGGAGCUAGAAAAUGAAAUUGAAGAAGUUCAACAGCUUGCUCCUGAAGAAACCGUCAGAGAGAGUCCCUAUUUUAUGUCAGAACAAACCGAAGAUUCUGAUAUUCAUAAUUACAAAAAGAUGAACGAAGCAGUCUCCGAGCUUUAAUUCUAGAAUGUUUUUGAAAGGGGAAACAAAUGUAGUUAUAGGACUUGGUGCUGUAUUGUUUAGAAUGAGUUUAGUAUAACAUACAUUUCUAUGCAAUAUAAAAGAGGUUCCUCAAGGUGUCUACCGUAUGUAAUAAAGUUGAUUCCAUUGUUUAAUUUCGGUAUACUUUUGUGUAUUUAAUCACGACAACACUGGGUUACUGUAGAGGUUUGUAGAAUGUUAGCUAUUGUUAGAAGGAUUCUAUUAGUGACCGAUUAGGUCAGAGUGGUCAAAUUAGGAAGCGGUAACAUCAACAGGA